AUGGCUCAUUCAGCCAUUCCUCUUCCACAAUCUGAGAAGACUGAUCCAGUCGAUGUUGAAAGAAUCGAUGUCGUGCGUGAUGAUUCUCUACCUGUCGGACAUCCUUCCACUCAUGUGCAUCAUGAUACUCGGGUUGCUGAUGAUGAGCCAGCGGCUGCUGAGAACACCACAUUGAGGACGUGGGCUGCAAUAUUUAUUCUUUCAUCUUCGGUCGGUAUAUCUUUUUGGCCGGUACCCACAACGUGUACGCACUCUAGUCCACUUCUCCCCCGUCCCUAUUCACAGGAUACUUCGACACAUCAUUUACUGAUCAGCAGUGUAGCGCCCAUGCUUGCUACUCUAGGAGCGCAGUUUGGUAAUCCUGGCUCAAGUGCAUGGUUUCUAUCUUCAUUUACUACAGGCUGCGCUCUUGGGUUUUUACUUUCAGGAACAACUAGUGAUCUCUUUGGCCGUCGGAUCAUUAUUCUCAUCGGGAACGUGCUCUCGGCAUUGGGCUCAAUUCUCUGCGCUACUUCGCAUGGCUACCGCCAGUUUACCGCGGGCAUGGCUAUUCUUGGUUUCGCAUCUGGUCCGAGUCAGCUAGGUCUGAUUGGUGUACCCGAACUUUUACCAAACAAAUACCGCCAUAUUGGAAUUGUUCUGUCUGACGCCGUACUUUACCCUAUCCUGAUAUGCGCUCCCAUUAUUGGACGAUAUGCGAUCAAAGACCCUACGAGUCGGGAUUGGACCUACAUUUACUAUGCCAGUUUCAUCGCAAUGGUCCUUACUUUUGCUGGAGUCUUCUUCCUUUACAAACCACCUAAGCACCCACGAGGUGUCCCUUGGAGGGCCGCUUUUGCCGGUUUGGACUACGUUGGUGGGCUGUUAGUAACAAGUGGUGUGCUUUUGACGCUGAUGGGAAUCGUCUACACCACUUAUUUGCCAGCUAAAUCGGCGCUUGUCCUGGGUCCACUCUGCACAGGCAUCUUUCUGCUCAUCGUGUUUGGCAUAUGGGAGAACCUUUCCAGUGUGCCAUACAAGCUGUGCCCACCAGCCAUUUUCUCCUAUCACUAUGGUCGAGCAUUUACAGUACCAUUUAUGUUCGGCGCGGUCAUCACGAUGUACUACUAUGCUGCGAAUAUCAUAUGGCCAACCAUGAUUUCCGUCUUCUAUACCACAGCGUCAUCAUCGAUCAACGAUGCGCUCGUUCUCACGCUUCCCUCCAAUCUCGCUUUGGUUGCCGGCGCUAUCACCUUCGCAUGCUUAGGACACAGAAUCGGAUACUGGAAGAUAACGCUUAUAAUCUCCUUUGGACUGGCCGUGAUCUUCGGCGGACUCAUGGCGCUUGUCACACCCCACAACAAAGGACUCAUGACUGCUCUGAUUUUUCUCAUGCAGUGUCUAGUCUUUUUUGGCUGGGCACAGUACGAAGCCGUUGCUUUCGUCCAGUUUGGUGUUGACCAACUUGACCUUGGCGCUUCAGGUGGUCUUGCAGGGGUCGCCCGCUUUGGCGGAGGCUCUCUCGCUGUCGCGGUCUACACAUCCGUCUUGACAAACAGUCAAAGCAAGAAAGCUUUAGAUAUCGUCGUCAAAGCCGGUAUGAAAAACGGUCUAACCGAAGCUGCUGCGGUUCAGCUGCUGUCCGCACUUUCCCUCGGCGCAGAGGCCAUUUCGAAGGUGCCUGGAAUCAACCCAUCCGCGAUCGCUGCUGCAGGCAUAGCAUUCCAAGAAUCCUAUGCAUAUGGGUGCAAAAUGCUUGCGCUCGCAAGUUUGGGCUUUGGUGCAUUUGGACUCUGCUUGUGCUUCUUGUGCGAGGACAUCGGACCCAAGAUGAACAACAAGACGAAUGUGUUCUUGGAGAAUGAUGUGAACGCUACAAAGAACGAGUUUCACUAG